AUGACGCACGACGUCACCUCUGCCGUCCUUCUCCCGCGCAUCGCCCGUCGCCGUCGACGGGCGCCCCCCGCGGGCUGUCCGUCAGCCUCGCGUCAGUCGACCGCAGGCAGACCGCUCCUUCGUCUCCCGAUAUUCCUCUGCUCGCCUGCGAUGUUCAUCUUCGGUCGUCCGCCACCGCCCGGGCCCCCGCGCCUCGCCAUUCCUGAGCUGCUCUUCGAGAUCUUCCGCGACGCGCGCCUGAGCAGGCGAGAUCUGUCGCAUGCGGCGCUGGUGUGCAGGGCGUGGCACGCUGUCGCGGACGUGGUGCUCUGGGAGGACAUGCCGGGUCUCGCGCCACUUUUGAUGCUCAUGCCUGCGGAUGCCUGGACGAUGACCUUCCGCCGUGCACUGCGCGCCUCCGACUGGGCGAAUGUCGCCACUCGAUCGUGCUCCGUUCGGCGGCUUACCCUCUUCGGCGCCCCACCAAAUUGCGUCCAGCGCGCCAUCAUCGCCUGCCCACCACCCGCGAACCUCCUUCCCAGACUGCAGACGCUCACCCUCACCCAGCUCGUGGCCCGGCCCGGGAGCGGGGACGCGUUCGCCACCGCGCUCGCCUGCGCCUUCCUCCACAUGCUCUUCAGCAGUGGCGCGGACACACCCUACUCCUCACCUCGCCAUCUGCGCCUCCGCGACUGCGCGCCCGACCUCGCCCGGCACGUCCUCGCGCACCCGCUCGCCGCCCGCCUCGAGGACGCCACGCUCGACGUGCGCCUCACCGACCUCGCCCGCCUCCCCGCGCCGCCCACCCUCCGCCGCCUCCGCGUGCACGCGCUCGACGACGCGCGCCGCGCCCUCCCGCUCCAGCCGCGCACCCUCCGCGACAUCCUCCCCGCCCACCGCGCGCUCGCCCGUCUCGCGCACGUCGAGAUCACGGGCCCCGUGCAGCUCUUCGACGCCGACGUCGCCGCGGUGGCACGCGCGUGGCCGGCGCUGCAGACGCUCGUGCUCACCCCGCAGACGACAGGCGCGUCGUGCCUGACGCUCGGCGCGCUCGUCCCGCUCGCGCGGCACUGCCCAAAGCUCGAUUUCAUCGCGCUGCCGCUGUGCGCGCUGGACGUGCCGAGCGAGGGCGCGGCGGGGCACUACUACCUCGGCGGUCGCCCGGUUGCCUCCCUCGACGCCGCCCCCCUCGUCCUGGUCCUGUGGCGCGCGCUAGGACGCUCGGACAGGAACUACGGCGCCCAUGUCCCCAACUACGAUCCCGUUCUCCUCGCCAAGUUCCUCAUCUCGCUGUUCCCCGGGCUCAAGCGCGUGUCGAACGACUUGGCGGCGGAGCGGGUGGCGAAGGGACUCGCAAAGGAGAAGGUCGAGGACUACUGGGACACGCCAGUAGAACAAGGCAUCUGGGACGAGCUCGAGCGCGCUAUGCCUUUGCGGUAG